AUGGCCUUUAUGACCUGGCGUAUUUGCUCAAGCUCUGACCCAAAAGCCUCUGCCCGAUUCAGUGGUGAUGUUUGCUAUGCUCUUGGUGGGGUCAAGCUUCUUGAUGCGGAGUGUUCUGGUGAAGCUCAUCAAGCUGGUUUCGGACAGUUUAUUGACUGCUGUUGUGUUCUCCAAGAUGAAAGCAACGUUUACGUCUGUGGCUGGAUGUCUCAAGGUUAUUUGUAUGGAAUUAGCCCAACAACCGUGAGAGCACCUACUGUGGUUAUUCAUGUGCCUUCCUCUCGGCCUUCUCCACAACGAUAUUGGCAGCAUGCUCCUGUGAUCCUCCGUCGCCCUUGCUUUCCUGUUGCAGCACCUCGUGUCUACCAUGCUCCUUUCAUUCAUAGUUUCUAUUCUUCCCACUUAUCUACAUUAGAGCAUCUAUUAGCAAUGGCUAUGCCUUGCGGUCGGAUCAUGGUGAGAGGACAGGUGGUUGCUAUGCUUGUAACCACUAUGAAGCAGCUAAGAAAAAGGGAUUUGUAA